AUGACUGACCGUCUCUCUCAAGUUGCUGGCCAUAUCACCAACUCGUAUGGCCGCGGCCUAUUGGCCGGAGAAGUCGCGAUCAUUACAGGCGCCGCGCAGGGAAUUGGACGUAGCGCCGCACUUCUCUUUGCAAAGGAAGGUGCAAAGGUUGUAGUCACAGACUUGGACGAGAAGAAAGCCCAAAUAGUCGUGGAUGAGAUUAAGAAGGCAGGAGGCGAUGCUCUUGCGGUUGGCGGUGAUGUCGGUGCAGACGACUUCCCACAGAAAGUAAUUGAGGCCACCAUCAAAAAAUACGGAAAGAUCAAUCACAUCAUUAACAACGCUGGUUUCACAUACGACCGCAUGCUUCAUACCACCCCUGACGAGGCGUUUGACAUCAUUAUGAAGGUGCAUGUCCGCGCGCCUUUUAGGCUCGUUCGUGCUGCUGCCCCGCACAUGCGUAUCAAGGGCAACACAGAGAACAGGUCGAUCGUAAACAUUUCGUCCGUCGCCGGUCUGCAUGGCAACGUGGGUCAGGUCAACUAUGCGUCUGCCAAGGCAGCUGUCAUUGGCAUGACCAAGACUAUCUGUAAGGAGUGGGGUGCGUUCAACGUCAGGGCGAACACUAUUGCUUUCGGUUAUAUCCAAACUCGUUUGACGGCGGCCAAGGAGGAAGGCGCGAGCAUCGAAAUCGACGGCAAGAAGGUCGCUCUGGGUAUUCCGAAAGCCGUGGGUGGCGGUGCUUCGGCUACGUCGGGCAUUCCUCUCGGGAGACCUGCAUCUCCCGAUGAAGCAGCAGCGGGCAUUCUCUUCCUCGCGUCGCCGCUCGCCUCCUACGUAUCAGGACACACACUCGAAGUCACUGGUGGAUCAGGCAUCUGA